AUGUUACAGAUGUUUAUUAGGAAACAGUUUAAGAAAAUAUUUCAAAACGUCAUAGAGGUUCACAAUGUGGAUUUGUGUCAGCUGCCAGAGAUUCACGAUGUGGAUUUGUGUCAGCUGCCAGAGGUUCACAAUGUGGAUUUGUGUCAGCUGCCAGAGGUUCACGAUGUAGAUUUGUGUCAGCUGCCAGAGGUUCACGAUGUGGAUUUGUGUCAGCUGCCAGAGGUUCACAAUGUGGAUUUGUGUCAGCUGCCAGAGGUUCACGAUGUCGAUUUGUGUCAGCUGCCAGAGGUUCACCAUGUGGAUUUGUGUCAGCUGCCAGAGAUUCACGAUGUGGAUUUGUGUCAGCUGCCAGAGGUUCACGAUGUGGAUUUGUGUCAGCUGCCAGAGGUUCACGAUGUGGAUUUGUGUCAGCUGCCAGAGGUUAACAAUGUGGAUUUGUGUCAGCUGCCAGAGGUUCACAGUGUGGAUUUGUGUCAGCUGCCAGAGGUUCAAGACGUGGAUUUGCAUACUUAUUUAUUAGUACCUAAUGGAGCAUCUUAA